UUCGCCAGCUCGAGCGCGGAGGAGGAGGGGUGGAGGCUUCGCAACCGAUUUAAAAUAAUUUUUAAAAAAGGGUGAAAAAUGAGGCAAAAGAUCUUCUUCUGAUGAGGCCAAGUGGACUAUGGACGUCUUCUUUCACGAAACAAUUAAUAUACGCUAUAUAAAACUACCAAAAAUUUAAUUGGAGUUCCCCCCACCCCCGAAGGUUCUAUUAUUCCGUCUGGUUGUGGUGGGGGAUCUAAAUUUAAGGAGAAAAAUCAUCUUUUAUGCUUUUUUUCCUGAUAUAAUUAUCUGUAAGUAGAUAAUUUGUUGGAAGGAAUAAAUUUUGUUCCACACCAAAAAAAAAACCUGGCAAGGGGUUUAAGAAGAAUAGGAGGGAGAGUUACAAUGGUUGAAUAGUCCAGAGGGGCUUUAUCCGGACUGUGAGGGGGUUAAAACUUUUACCCCCUUCCUUCAGCCCCAAGGAAUCAACAUCCUGCAGUCCUUAAUUUCGUUUUAAUUAUGGAUACAGGCAAGGGUGACUCCUCCUUGCUGGUUCAAGGCUGCUUGGGUAUUUUCUCCAUGUCCUCUCCUUUUAAGAGCUUGGCGUUCAGUGUCUAUCCGUCCCAUGCUUGAGAAUUGAAGAGGCGGGGGCUCUGCAAGGUGCCAAGAGACUGUAUGUGCGUCAUGUCCUAGGCUGAGAGGUGCCCUCCCCCCACCCUGGCAAUUGGUUGAUCGGAACAGAAGGGAGGAUUUCGGCCGUUGCGGGAGCACAGGAUGGCCACGGACCCGGGAGAGCCGACCGGCCCCGGGGACUCCAGCAAGCCGAGGGGUAUGGCCUCCAGUGAGGGCUCGGCUGACAGCGAGACCAACCCCGCGGCUGCCGCGCCUGGCAGAACUGCGAAGGCCGGCGACCCCCUACCCCUGGCUGAGAACCACCGCUUUGUGCGGCGGAGCAUGGAUCCGGUGGAGCGGGAGGGGCCUGCCCGACCGCCCGUCUGCGCCAGCACGCCGGAAGGCAAAAGCGACGCUGCUGCUACAGCCAAGACAGCGGCGGAUGUUGCCAAAGACUCAUCCAGGGACAGGACCGAGAAGGAGAAUGAGGAGGAGGCCGAGAUGAAGGCGGUCGCCACCUCUCCGGGGGGCCGCUUCCUGAAGUUUGACAUCGAGCUCGGGCGAGGGGCCUUCAAGACCGUGUACAAAGGGCUAGAUACCGAGACUUGGGUGGAAGUUGCUUGGUGUGAGCUGCAGGACAGAAAACUCACCAAAGCCGAGCAGCAGAGAUUCAAGGAGGAGGCAGAAAUGCUGAAGGGUUUGCAGCACCCAAACAUCGUGCGCUUCUACGACUCGUGGGAGUCGUCGCUGAAGGGGAAGAAGUGCAUAGUGCUGGUAACGGAGCUUAUGACGUCCGGGACCCUAAAGACGUACUUGAAGAGGUUUAAGGUGAUGAAGCCCAAGGUCCUGCGCAGUUGGUGCAGGCAGAUCCUGAAGGGCCUGCAGUUCCUACACACUCGCACCCCGCCCAUCGUCCACCGCGACCUCAAAUGUGACAACAUCUUCAUCACCGGCCCCACCGGAUCCGUCAAAAUCGGAGACCUGGGACUGGCAACAUUGAUGCGCACGUCUUUUGCUAAAAGUGUGAUAGGAACUCCAGAAUUCAUGGCUCCGGAGAUGUAUGAAGAGCAUUAUGACGAAUCCGUCGACGUUUACGCCUUUGGGAUGUGCAUGCUGGAAAUGGCUACCUCAGAAUACCCCUACUCCGAAUGCCAGAACGCUGCCCAAAUCUACCGGAAAGUAACCAGUGGCAUUAAACCGGCAAGCUUCAAUAAGGUGAGCGACCCCGAGAUCAAGGAAAUCAUCGAAGGAUGCAUCCGACAGAACAAGUCGGAAAGGCUUGCCAUAAAGGACCUCCUGAGCUACGCCUUCUUUGCCGAGGACACGGGCCUGCGGAUCGAACUGGCUAAAGAGGACACUAGGCAGGACUCCUCGCUCGCCCUGCGCAUCUGGGUGGAAGACCCCAAGAAGCUGAAAGGCAAGCACAAGGACAACGAGGCGCUGGAGUUCAGCUUCGACCUGGAGCAGGACACCCCUGAGGAGGUGGCACAGGAGAUGGUCCGAUCGGGCUUUUUCCACGAGAGCGACUCCAAGCUGCUGUGCAAGUCCAUCCGCGACCGGGUCUCCUUCAUCAAGCGGAAGCGCCAGAGGACGCAGCAGAUCCGCGAGGUCGAGGAGCAGGAGAAGCUGCGCCCUCAGCCGGAGCAGCUGCCGCCCCCGGCUGCCGCCGGCUGGCACCACCACCUGCCCGAGUCCGAGGACCCAGAGGUCGACCAGCAUGUGCUGCAGAGUAAGCUGCUCGCCAACACUGCUUCAGUUGACAGUGUGUCAGACAGCAACCCACCCUCUGCCAUGUGCUCUGAGACUCAGGGAGGCGUGGGUUUCAUCACCGCAGUUGCCUCUGCGGCAGAGCCUGGCACAUGUGCGCCACAGGUCUCCUCGGGUUCCAGCGUGGAGUCGCACCACCCUUCAGUAGGACUCCCUCAGCCGCAGCAGCAGGCCGUGGCUGGAUACCAGCAGACAACUGCGCCCCUGACCCAGCCGGUGGUUCCGGAUUCCCAGAGGCCCGCGAGACAGAUGCAGGAUAACCAGAGUGGGACUCCUGACGCGGUUAAAGAAGUCUCCAACGGCAGUGACCUUGGGAACGGAAAGGCCCAGAAGUCUCAGCCGAGGAGGCCCUCCUGCGCACGGGAAAGGCCGGAGAAGUCGACCAAGUUCCAGCUGACCGUCUUGCAGGUUUCCAGCGAGGGCGACAACAUGGUGGAGUGCCAGCUGGAGACGCACAACAACAAGAUGGUUACUUUCAAGUUUGAUGUGGAUGGGGAUGACCCUGAAGACAUAGCCAUCUACAUGGUGCAAAACAACUUCAUGCUGGAGCUUCAGAAGGUGAAAUUCAUCGAGGAGAUGAGAGCCAUCAUCGCCAAUUCCCUAGAGAUUGUGCGAAGUUCGUCGGAGGCCGAUCGGGGGGCGGACGUCACUCCUCAUCACCCCCUAGCAGGCACCGGGCAGCCUGACCACAACAUGCACACAGGUGCAGAGCAGUUACAGAUGAACCAAGCACUCUCGCAGCCUUGUGGUGAGGCCGGCCCGCACUUCUCGUCUGUUGGACGUUGGAGAUUCUUUAUUAAUCAGAAGGUCAUGACCUCCGAAGCAGAGAUUCCAAGUGAUCACCAGCUCAGCACAGAAGCCGACCCCGAAACCAAAAGUCACGAGGCAACCCACCCAACAACAUCGAGUUCCCUGGAAGACAUGAAGCGGAUCCCACCGGACAGCUCCGUCCCCAGUGGCCUGACGCCUUGCAGCAGUUCCUCCUCCUCCUCGUCCUCCUCCUCAUCCUCCUCCUCAUCUUCCUGCGGCGACGACUGCCCGGCAAACCCCGCCCCUGACCGAGGGCAGCAGCCGAGUGUCCAGCCCUCCUCCGUACCCGAGUCAGAUGGUGAGGGCCCCCCUCGGCUGGACUACUCCGACCAUUGCAUCAAGAAGCUGGAUGCGAAGUUGCGUACCCUGCUGUACCAGGAGCACGGUGGGCAGCCUGGGGCAUCUGAGACCCCCCUGUCCAGUGGGGAACCACCCCUGAUGGACGUCGACCCAGCCUUGGCCUCCGAGCCUCCGGAACGGUGCCUGGGAUCACCCAACCGCUCAUCCACCGGUGCGGCGGAGAAGUCUCUUCCACAGGAGAAGUUUACCUCUGAGCCUUCGGAGCCCGUGACACGGACAUCACCACUGUCAGCGGGAGUCACUCUGAGCCAGACAGGAGCCGGUGACAGUCAGACCAACCUUGGAGGCAAGGACCUCGCUGGGACGGAGCAGGGCAGCACCCAUGGAGGCUUCCCAGAUGACCAAUCCACUGUGUGCAGACAGGCUGGGCGAUUUCGGAUCUCUGCAUCAUCGCCCCAUCCUGAAGGAGCCAUCCCACCUGCCGAACACUCACCCCACCACCCAAAGGAUGACUCCAGCCAUCGUUCCCCAACCAUCACCCCAUCCAGGGGCGCCCCUCCGCGGGCUGAAUCUACCCCCAGGGGCUGCGAUGCUCUCGACGGGCUGCUGCACCUGCCGCCGGGCUGGUACGAGGAGGAGGAGGCACCCAGCAGCCUUCUCAGCAAGCAGCCCAGCACGGACAGUGACCCAGCCGGUAGGCCACACCCUGUCGCUGGCCGACCUCCAGCCCUCCCCUGCCACUCGCUCUCCUCCCCCAUGAGCAGUGACGAUGAGUCAGAGGUGGAGGACGAGGACCUGAAGCGAGAACUGCAGAGACUCCGGGAGAAGCACAUAAAGGAGGUGGUGCACCUGCAGGCCCAACAGAAACAGGAACUCCAGGAGCUGUACAAGCGCCUCCAACCCAACAGCGGGUCGUCCGAGGACUCCCUCCAGGCUUACUCCCCACCCGGCCGCCGGUCACGCUCGGCCAGAAGCAGAUCCCGCGGCGCCAAGCCCCACUCUCUGGGUGCCACCCCCACCAGCACAGGGUUAUUCUACAGCGGAGAUUCCCAGCCGGUGGCCGGGGCCAAGAAGGGGACUUUCACGGAUGACCUGCGCAAGCUGGUGGAUGACUGGGCAAAGGAGAAGGUGGGAGCCGCCAACGCCAAGCCCAGUCUGAACGAGAUCAGGCAGAUUCAGUGCAGGCAAGACCUCGAGAGCUGGCAGCAACUCGGUGAUCGGAAUCCUCAGUCUUCUCAGGUCACCGGCCGGAUCCCCUCGCAGGGGGCACCCCCACGGAGCUCGUUCCCAGCCACCUCCGGACCCCCGGGCCAGCCUGCCCCACCCCAAUCCCAAUCCCAAACUCAAAACCCCACCAAGCCCCCUACUCUACCCACUGCCCAGACCCGGGCCAAGUAACUCUGCGCCAGGUGGCCUCCUGGCAAGGGGGAGUGUGGCACACACCCCAAACCCUGGCACCGCCGUCCCACCAUUCCCUAGUGCAGAGAACGUUCAGAGGUUCUCCAACAUUGCCCCUACCCCACUAGCUGGGUACAAAACUGCUCUCCCCUCUCCCCUGGGGUUCUUUCACCCACUCCUCCCUCCAGAAUACCAAGAUUCUGUGGGCAGGUCCCUCAGAAAUGAAACGAGGGGAGGUGAGAUUUGGGUGGAGGGUUAUGGGUUUUUUUCUCACUUUGCAAGUUAGCCACCGCCUUGCCCCUCACCUAUUUACAUUGCAACCUCAACCUGCCCUCCCCCCACCACCCGCUGCCUCUUUUCCCUCAAAACUAAAGCUGAAGAGACGUCAAAAGACCAAUAAGCAACAUGUGAAUGGAUAAAGACCAGACGUGUGCAGGAUCUGGGACGAGGUCCCAAUGAUCCGUCGAUUAACACAGCACUCCCCCCACACACAUCUGUCUGCAUCGAGCCCUGACAGAUGCUUGUGCUGCUUGGUGGACGGAGGAAGGAUUACUUUUCCUUCAUAAAACUCAUUCUUUUGCACCGGAAUCACAUAUUUCAGUUUCUCUGCCCCCUCACCCCUGCUUUCCCAACCCCCUUUGUCUCCCAUCCCCACACUCCUACUUCCUCCCUCUCUCUCACCUUACCCUCCCCCUCUCACCUUUCCCCUCCCCCUCUCCCUCUCACCUUUCCCCUCCCCCUCUCCCUCUCACCUUUCCCCUCCCAUCCUCUCACUUUCCCCUCCCCUCUCCCUCUCACCUUCCCCUCCCCCUCACCUUUCCCCUCCCCCUCUCACCUUUCCCCUCCCCCUCUCACCUUUCUCCUCCCCCUCUCCCUCUCACCUCCACCUCUCCCUCUCACCUUCCCCUCCCACUCUCCCUCUCACCUUCCCAUCCCACUCACCUUCCCCUUCCCCUCCCCUCUCACCUUUCCCCUCCCCUCUCACCUUUCCCCUCCCCCUCUCCCUCUCACCUCCACCUCUCCCUCUCAACUUCUCCUCCCCCUCACCUUUCCCCUCCCCCUCUCGCCUUCCCCUCCCCCUCCCUCUGAGCUCCACCUCUCCCUCUCACCUUCCCCUCCCCCUCCUCUCACCUUUGCCCUCCCCUCCCCCUCUCACCUUUCCCCUCCCCUUCUCACCUUUCCCCUCCCCCUCUCCCUCUCACCUUUCCCCUCCCUUUUCCUCUCACCUUUCCCCUCCCCCUCCUCCUCUCACCUUCCUCCUUUCCCACACUCUCAGUCCCUCUCCUCUCCCCUCUCCCUACCCUAGCCCCCUCUCUCCCCGAUCCCAGGCUGUUAGUGUUAUGCGCCCUUCCUUGGCCAGAGCAGUCUAGAGUGCUGGCGGGGAGACCGACACCCUCACAUCCCGCGGCCAGGGUUUGUUUGACAGAUCCACCCUCUGCUCGGCCCCCUUCCCCACUGAGAGACGUGUGUCUGGAGGAUCGAGGCUCAACAGAGGGAGCAGGAGGCGGUUGUUGGGGUUUGGAUGGAAUCAGCCCUGUCCGCGAUCUCCGGGCCAGAGACGGCACGGUCCGGGGCGGAGUAGCGGUCAAAGUGAGCGACGGCGUCAACGGGAAAGCCCACUCUCCCCGACCUCCCCCUUGUUGUCUGAGGCCCAGUAGCUCGCAGUCAAGUCACUCCUCCCCACUCCAAUCCCGGGGAAUUCAUUGUUUCCAGUCGCCAACAGGGUCACUUCCCACCCUGUCGUCUGACCCUACCCCAAAGCAACAGGCAUGUCUGCAAAGUGUCUGACCUUAGCGUGGGGGGGGGGGGGGGGAACAAGUCCUAUUCCUAUCCACCGCUUAUAAAUCUCACUUCCCUUCUCCUCUCAACCCUCACCCUCGUCUUUUCAUCUCUCCCCUGUGUCUCCACACUCGUCCCAAACACCACCGCCAUCUCUCCUAUCGGCUACCCUCCCCCUCCGUGAGAGAUAAUUCUGCAUAAAUUCUAACGCACGGUUCUGCCCCACUUUGUGCUUUAAUUAUUUCAUGACAUCGUGGUCCGUGCCUUCCACUCAUCCCAGUUCCAACUGUGUCUCACUGCCCCCUUCUACCUCCUCUGCCUGUCCAUCUCACACCAGCUUCCCAUGUUAGCCAGCUUCCCCGGUCUGUAAGUCCUGCCUGCCCGGCUCGACCAUCUACUACGGCUCCCGAUCUUUUUUUUUCCAAAACAAAACUGUGAAGUUUUAAACGGGUUUGUGAAAGUAUUUUCGAAGCUGUGACCCGCCAAGACCGGCCACGCAGUUACCUGUUGAUAAUGUGUCACGUUCUACUGUUACAAUUGUAGUCUGUAUUUAAUUUCCUUCCACGGUUAUUCUUCUCGGUUUACUGAUCACAGUUGCUGGGUAAAGGGGUGUGUGGGGGAGAUGGGGAGAGAGACGGGAGGGUCUGCUAAGUGCUAAUUUGUUCAGUGUCUCUUGUCUGGGUCGCCACAGAUUCAGGUCACUGUGGUCUGGGAUAGUGACACACAGGCCUGUCACUGUGUAAUACCGCGGUACGUACCGGUGGGGACAGGCCUGUCACUGUGUAAUACCGCGAUAUGGUACCGGUGUGGACAGGCCUGUCACUGUGUAAUACCAGGGUACGGUACUGAUGGGGAUGGGUCUGUCACUAUAUUAUACCGGGGUACAGUACCAGUGGGGACGGGUCUGUCACUGUUCUACACCGGGGUACGGUUCCGGUGGGGAUGCGUCUAUCACUAUAUUACACCAGGGUACGGUACUGGUGGGAACGGGUCUGUCACUAUAUUACACUGGGGUACGGUUCCGAUGGGGACGGGUCUGUCACUAUAUUACACCAGGGUACGGUGCCAGUAGGUCCCCGUGUAACACCGGGAACGGUAGCGGUGGAGACGAGUCUGUCACUGUGUAAUAUCUGGGGGUAUGGUACCGGUGGGGACGGGUCUGUUCAUGCAUAACUGGUGUGUUCCCAGUCGACGGACACGCAUUGCCUCUUUUUUAAAAAAACGGAUUGUGUCAAGCUCUCCUGGAAGCAGUUUGCACUGCCCUACAACCCCACAACCCCGUUGCAUGCCUCUUUCCCCCUACAUGGUACACGGUCAGUCAGAUGAGGCGUUUCUCCGACAGCCCAGGGGACCGGCGGGGACGGUGUGGAAUGGAUGGAUCCCCCUGUCUUGCAUUGGUGGACGGUUUAUGUAGAAAGAUAUGACAAACAGUAUUACUGGCCAGCUGAAAACUGUGAUUUAUUUUUAUUUUGGCUUGGCGUUGCUUGUACAACCGUUAUUUUUUAAAAGAAACUUACUGUGAAUUGAGUAGUGUGCAAACAAUGCAUCUCUCUCUCUCUUUCUCCCUAUCUCCUGAAACAGGAGGAUUUUUUUCGGUGUAAAGUUAAAAGCAUUCCUCCAAGUUGAAAUGCAUGUGCAAGAUUACUUUUGUAUCUUUCUAAACUUAGACGGGAUGAAAACAAAAAAAAACAAGAAAACAGACCGAAGCUCGUGGUGGUAGUUUAUUCUGGUGUCCUCUCUUUGUUUGGCCCGAAUUUUUAAUUUUUAUUUAUAGAUACGUAAAUAACCUGGCCCAACAAGUCCGCGCGGACAAUUAAUUUAUUAACCUGUAGUCUUUGGGAUGUGGGGAGAAACUGGAGGACCCGGAGGGAAACCCACAGGGUCAUGGGGAAAGCAUACAGGCAGUGGUGGGAUUCGAACUUGGUUCACUAGCCAUGUAAUAGCGUUACGCUAGCGGCUACACUGCCAUGCCGUAAGAACAUAAAUAGGAGCAGGAGUCUGCCAUCUGGCCCGUCGGUCCUGUUUCACCAUUCAAUAAGAUCAUGGCUGAUCUGACCGUGGACUCAUCUCCACCUCCCUGCCUUUUCCCCAGAACCCUUAAUUCCACUGCUAUGCCACCCCUUUAUGAGCCCUGAGUUGAAAGAUCCCGCGGGUUGUUGGCCGCGAUCUGAUUCUUUCCUUCGAGAACAGUAAUGCCAGUCGGUCAAACUUGUGAUUAAACGGUGGACCUGCUCAAUUGGGCGACUUGGUAGCCAGGGAUAAAUCGGGCCAACCCAAGUGUUGGACUACAUUUGAACCCGGAAAGGACACGGAGACCAGCAAUGACGGGGGUGGGUGGUGGAUGUCGAGAUGGAUGCCGAAUGCCGCCAGGAAGAGGAGAAUGGACCUCGGCAAGAUGAUUUUUUUUCCGAUAGGUCUGAUACGAUGCAGAAAACUUCGGGUGAUACACCCGGUGAAGACGCUACUUCAUGGCUACGGCGACCUCGGAUUCAAUUCCGUCCUACUGUGCUGUAUGUGUGUGAGAAAGAGAGUGUCUGUGCGCGAGAGUAUAUCUGUGUUUGAGUGUGUCUGUGUGUGUGAGAGAGAGAGUGUGUGUGAGUGAGAGAGAGAGAGAGAGAGUGUGUGUGUGAGAGAGAGAGUCUGUGUGUGUGUGUGAGAGCGAGAGACAUCUCGGCCCAAAGCGUCGAUUGUCCUUUUUUGUGUGGAUGCUGCCUGGAGUCUGCAGACAAGCUGUGAAAUCUGAGAUGCGGCUGACUUAAGAGUGUGGACAAUAAAAAGGAGGAAGGUUUGGUGAAGACGUUGUGUUUGAUGGUUGGAAUUGGUUUAUUAUUGUCACAUGUACCAAGAUAUAGUGAGAAAUUUGUCUUGCACACUUCGUACAGAUCAAAUCAUUACACGGUGCACCAAGAGCAAAGUUAAACAAUAACAGAAUACAGAACAGUGUAACAACUACAGAGAAAGAGCAGCGCAGGUGGACAAUAAGGUGCAAGAUCAUAAAGAGGUAGGAAGAACAGGUCCUCAAGGGUGGCAUUCUCAGGAUUGCUGCCAGUGCUACGUG